UUCUGACAGUGAUAAUAGAUCGCAGUCCGACUAGUGCUUUUUGUUUGUCAAGUGUCAACAACAUUAAUGUCAAACAGUUGUGCGACUAAUAUUCACGAACGUCGAACGUCUAAAGUAGAAAACUAUGACUACGAACGAGGAUAUUAGCACGUUAAAGGACCAAGAUGAAAGGAACAAGCUGAAAGUUUACUGCACAUUUUGCCCGUCGAAAAUGCUCAACGCUGGUGUAGCCCGGCUAGUCAAUAUCGAGUUUAAUCUACCCUAUAUCCAACGUAAAGGAGAGGGUGAGGCCGAUCAACAGGAACUAAUAACUGAUUACUGGUUGGUGGAGGACAUGUAUACAUUUGAAAACAUUGGUGUUUCACACACAGUAGACAACGUAAAGUAUCUAGCGUGCGCGGAUUGCGAAAGGGGUCCAGUGGGUUGGCACGAUUUAUCUACAAGGAAAUCAUACAUUGCAUUAAGUAGAGAUCUGUUACGAAACAGAAAGAAGAAAAACAGAGUGAUAUUUCAGCUUUCAAAGUCUGUUACAAGAUAAGAAUGAAGAGAAAUUGAGAAGCUCGGAGGUAGCCAGCUGUCAAAAAAGAACGACGUUGCGAUUUAAGUUGAUAAUUUAAUACUUAAUCACGUACGUUACAAACACAGCCGAUAAAUCAGAUAAUCAAUCGUCGUUACGAUAUAAUAAUUCAUAAGUUUACGCUUACGAUUAAAAACGACUUUAAUAAUCGCACGCAUCAAGCGUGCAUUCCCGAUUUUAUCGUAAUAAUGCAUUGAUGUUUUAUAUCAUUGCGGUCGCCUGAUCGCAAAAAUGAUUAUUCAUUGUGCAUAUUGGCUUAAUUAUUUUACGUAAUGCGUUGGUAAUGCGUGAAUAAUAUCUACGUGUACGCAUUCGUUUGUGUGUACGUAUAUGCAUGUAAAUCAACGUUCCUUCGAAAAAAAAAAAAAAAAAAAAGAAAUAAUCACGGUAACUUGAAUUUUACGUGUUUUUGAUAUAUUUAAGAAAAUGUAGGAAACGAACUCUUUCGUUCAUUCUUCACUGCACAUUGUACAUUCUUUUCGAAGAGGGAAAUACGCUUGAAAAUACGAACUAUUUUUACAAUUGAUCGAUCAACUUUUUCUUCUUUUUUCCCCUUGAUUUUUGUGUCAUUGUCAAAGAAAAGAAAAGGGUUGUUGCGUGUUUGUAGAGACUUUUGAAAAGAGUCAAUUACAAUUGUUCAUUUGUAUAUUCAUUAUCACUUAUAUUCUCCUUCCAUGUCGCGUUAUAUUUGCGUGAAACGUUGCAAAAAUAGUCGUGCAUUCAUCCCGCCUUGCAAAUGACAAAGCUUCUCUUUCUCUUCCUUUCUUUUUUUUUUUUGUUUUUUUUAUUUCUCGUCUACUUCUUGCUCCGUUCUGCAUUUUCAUUAAUCGCGCGCGAGUUUCUUUCAUGUUAAACGUGCAUAAUACGUAAUCGUGAACGAGCAAUCAAUUUAUGGUAACUGUUAAUAACGAUCGCAACGGUGAACAUCAAUUAUCAUAUAUAAUCACGCGAUAUGGCAACAAUGAUAAAUUUCUCGGCACGAUGGAUAAAAUAGCGACGAAUAAUAACGAUAAACCUAACGGAUAUAAAGACAUUCAUAGAAUAGUUGAGCUCGUAGUAAAUAAUAACAUAUUCGAUAAAUAGUAACGGUGAAAGGUAUUGGAUUCAACGAUGUGGUUAUUAAGUUCUACCCUAAAAAGAGAAUUUUCUUUUUUUCGGAAACUGCAUACAUACAUACAUACAUACAUAUAUACACACACAUAUAUAUAUGUCUAUAUGUAUAUACUCGAAUGUAAUAUAGUAACAUUGAUAAGGCUCAUCUAACGCUCCUCUUUCUUUUUUUUCUGCUCCUUCGCAUCUUCUCGUACAUGUCAGAUGUGCACAUUCUUUGAACAUAAUACAAUGCAUACCCUAAUAUACGCAAAUCAAUAAGCAGUCAUCGAUAUCGUGUAUCGAAGAAGUGAGUCUACAUCGUACUGUUCGCGUUAUAUAGAAUCCGUGGUUUUUUUUUUUAUCCAUGCCUUCGACAGAUGAAGUGGAAAAGGUACAAAAAUAACAAGAAUAGAAUCGGAUAGACUAGACACAGUCGAACAAAUGUACACAGUCUGUACUAUCGUAAAAGUCCAAUAAUCGUUCGUUGCUGAUUCAUUGAUCAACCUAAUCUUCGAAUCAUCUCGGACAGUUAUUUAUACA